AUGGUUCGUCAUUGGGGUGAACUGAAUCGCGUGCUGAUGACGUUCAGGGUCUUCUCUGCCAUUUCAUGUGCCAGUUCGUCCUUGAGCCAUCACCAUCAGCGAUAUGCAAUAUUCGUGACGUGUAGGAACGACAAGCUGGGCUGUAUCGCCCUUUACAAUAACAAAGAUGCUCCUCAACGGUCCAAUGCUUUGAGCAAUCGCUCGGCUAUGUUGAUCCUCCCGUCAAAGUAUGGGGUUAUGGAUGUCCUCAGCGUGCUCGGUCUGGAUGCAGGCGCCCUCUCACUGGUCCUCGGCUACUGGAGCUUGGUCGGCCCAAAGUAG